AUGCUUACAACCGAGACGGCCGUCAUGCUGGCCGAAUAUAACAACUGGGCCGACCAGGUGCUUUUUAAAGCGAUUAAAGAACAACUACCUGAAGGAGCAGUUUAUCAAGCGCGCAAGACACUUUUUCAGUCCAUGAUUGGCACUCUCAACCACAACCACCAGGUCGACCUUAUCUGGCGUGCUCAUCUGCUCAAUGAAGAGCACGGCUUCUCGAAUCGCCGCGAACUACUAUACCCUGAUUUUGACGAGCUGAUCAAAAAGCAAUUGGAGCUCAACAAGUGGUAUAUUGAUUGGGCGAAAGCCCAGGACGGCGAAAGCUUCGGCAAGCGGUCCAUGUUCAAAUACGUUAAUGGAACACCUGCAGAGAUGAGUUUCGGUGGGAUGUUCCUUCAUAUCAUCAAUCACAAGACCUACCAUCGAGGCUGGGUCAGUGAGAUGUUCUUCGAGCAUGACAUCAACCCGCCCGAGACUGAUCUCUGCGUUUACUUGUGCCUAUAG